GAACGUUCGAACGCCGCAGCAGACAACAGUGGAAAUAUGAUUCACAAUAACCAAACAGUAAACGCUUUUAAAAAGUGUAACAUCACUAUCUAUAACAAGGAGACAACAUCAGUUGUCAGAAGAGAGCAAGACAUACCAGUUGCUGACAGAUGUCCUGGUCCAAACCAAACGUCAAGUGGGGCUGUGGCAACGCCUCGGGAUUCAGAAAUGCAGGUUGCAGACUUUAAAGUCAAAGUAGAUGACAUACGUGACCAUGUAGAAACUUCAAAUGACAAAGUUAACAGGAUGGAACAACAACAUUCACUGCGCAAUAACGUCAGAAGUACUGGUGUUCAAGAGGAAGCUGAAACAAGUGUUCCAGCGGACCUACACAUGCAGUGUGGACAAACAGGUGGAGUUUCUGAACGUUCGAACGCCGCAGCAGACAACAGUGGAAAUAUGAUUCACAAUAACCAAACAGUAAACGCUUUUAAAAAGUGUAACAUCACUAUCUAUAACAAGGAGACAACAUCAGUUGUCAGAAGAGAGCAAGACAUACCAGUUGCUGACAGAUGUCCUGGUCCAAACCAAACGUCAAGUGGGGCUGUGGCAACGCCUCGGGAUUCAGAAAUGCAGGUUGCAGACUUUAAAGUCAAAGUAGAUGACAUACGUGACCAUGUAGAAACUUCAAAUGACAAAGUUAACAGGAUGGAACAACAACAUUCACUGCGCAAUAACGUCAGAAGUACUGGUGUUCAAGAGGAAGCUGAAACAAGUGUUCCAGCGGACCUACACAUGCAGUGUGGACAAACAGGUGGAGUUUCUGAACGUUCGAACGCCGCAGCAGACAACAGUGGAAAUAUGAUUCACAAUAACCAAACAGUAAACGCUUUUAAAAAGUGUAACAUCACUAUCUAUAACAAGGAGACAACAUCAGUUGUCAGAAGAGAGCAAGACAUACCAGUUGCUGACAGAUGUCCUGGUCCAAACCAAACGUCAAGUGGGGCUGUGGCAACGCCUCGGGAUUCAGAAAUGCAGGUUGCAGACUUUAAAGUCAAAGUAGAUGACAUACGUGACCAUGUAGAAACUUCAAAUGACAAAGUUAACAGGAUGGAACAACAACAUUCACUGCGCAAUAACGUCAGAAGUACUGGUGUUCAAGAGGAAGCUGAAACAAGUGUUCCAGCGGACCUACACAUGCAGUGUGGACAAACAGGUGGAGUUUCUGAACGUUCGAACGCCGCAGCAGACAACAGUGGAAAUAUGAUUCACAAUAACCAAACAGUAAACGCUUUUAAAAAGUGUAACAUCACUAUCUAUAGCAAGGAGACAACAUCAGUUAACAGAAGGGAGCAAGACAUACCAGCUGCUGAGAGAUGUCCUGGUCCAAACCAAACGUCCAGUGGGGCUGUGGCAACGCCUCGGGAUUCAGAUAGCUUUCCAAGUACUGGAACACUUGAACCCACGGUUUAGGAAGUUACUGAAAAGAUCGAUCGCAUGUCAUGUGGAGAUAUAAACCUAAAGGAAAACAAUCGCCUCAAAAUACAAUUGAUCGACAUCGGAAUGCCUUACCGAAUGAAAGCUAAACAAAAUAUUGAAAUAAUUGUGUCAUUUGCUGAAAACAAUCCAUCGAAACUUCGUAAAAUACAUUCCUUUCUGCACAUGAAACAUGUCAACAUUACAAAUUCUGUCGCUCCUUGUGCUAAACCAGUAAAAGACGUCAUUUCCCAUGCUGCAAACCCACUUUCUGUUGACGUUGAUCUGUCAAAAUUAGACAACUUGAAUGCAUCACUUCCGUUAUUAACAAAGCAGAGCGUGGACAAUAUUGUAUACAUAGCCAUAUUUCAACCAGAAACAGUGAUGGACAUAUCCAAAUUUCUGUUAGGUUACUUUUGAAGUUUACAGACAGAUUACUGUUACUUAGAAACUAAAGUUUAGGAUGAUUCAACUGUAUUCAUAAUGGUAAUCUGUAAUAAAUUAUUUGAAAUAAAGUUGGUA